AUCGGUCCUCGGGGACGCGCGGCGUGAGCUUCCCGGGCCCCUCGGGAUGCUACCCGCUAGUGCGCCGCCGGCCGCCCCUGCCCUGGCCUCCCGGGCCAUGCCUCACCGUUUACGGGCCGGCAAAGCCCCCAGCCGCUUCGAGCUUCUCGGAGACCCGGCUCCCAGAGGGUGAAGCCAGCUGGCCGGUGGACACUGGACUGGUUCCUCAGACCCGAAGCUCCAGACUUCGAUCUCCGCCCGCUCCGCUGCUGCCUCCGCCACCAUCUGGGCAGGAGACGGCUCUGGCGUUUUUGGGGAGGGGGUGAGGUGGAAAGAAAGGAAUCCUGGGGAUUUCUGGCAACCCCCCCCCCCGGCUUUUUUUUUUUUUUUUUUUUUGCCUUUGGGGCUUCAGACUCAGGGAACUCGCUCAUGGCUUUCUUGAUGAAGAAAAAGAAAUUCAAAUUCCAAACCACUUUUACCCUGGAGGAGCUGACUGCGGUCCCCUUCGUGAAUGGGGUCCUUUUCUGCAAGGUCCGGCUGCUAGAUGGUGGAGAUUUUGUCAGUUUGUCUUCAAGGGAGGAGGUGCAGGAGAACUGUGUCCGCUGGCGGAAGAGGUUCACCUUUGUGUGUAAGAUGAGCGCCAACCCAGCCACGGGCCUGCUGGACCCCUGUGUUUUCCGUGUGUCUGUGCGCAAGGAGCUGAAAGGUGGAAAGGCUUAUUCUAAGCUGGGCUUUGCCGACCUGAACCUGGCUGAGUUUGCAGGCUCAGGCUCCACGGUGCGCUGCUGCCUGCUUGAGGGGUAUGACACAAAGAAUACUCGACAGGACAACUCCAUCCUCAAGAUCACCAUUGGGAUGUUCCUGCUCUCCGGAGACCCCUGCUUCAAGACGCCACCAUCCACUGCCAAGUCCAUCUCCAUCCCCGGCCAGGACACUUCUCUGCAGCUGACUUGUAAAGGCGGCGGGACCAGCAGUGGUGGUGGUGGCAGCACCAACUCCCUCACAGGGUCCCGGCCCCCCAAGGCCCGGCCCACCAUACUGGGCUCAGGGCUGCUGGAGGAGCCCGACCAGAACCUGUCCAGCCCCGAGGAAGUGCCACACUCUGGCCACUCCCGCAGCUCCAGCUAUGCCAGCCAGCAGUCCAAGGUCUCUGGCUACAGCACGGAGCACUCAUGCUCCUCCAGCCUGUCCGACCUCACACACCGUCGAAACACAUCCACCAGCAGCAGCGCCUCCGGUGGCCUGGGCCCAGCAGUAGAGGGCCCUGAGAUUGGCGAGCGUGAGCACCGGCCCCCUGAGAAGCCACCGAGACCCCCUCGGCCUCUGCACCUGUCCGACCGCUCUUUUCGACGGAAGAAGGACUCUGUGGAGAGCCACCCGACCUGGGUAGAUGACACUCGGAUCGACGCGGAUGACAUUGUGGAGAAGAUUGUGCAGAGCCAGGACUUCACGGAUGGCAGCAACACUGAGGACAGCAACCUUCGGCUGUUCGUGAGCCGAGAUGGCUCCACUACGCUGAGCGGCAUCCAGCUGGCCAACAGGGUCUCCUCCGGGGUCUAUGAGCCCGUCGUGAUUGAAAGCCAUUGAAGAGCGAGUAUCAGGCUAGAAUGGGGCCUGUCCUCUGGGGCACCAGACCUGCGCCCUUCUGCAAGGAACCAGCUCCCUCUGGUCUGCACUGCGUCUCGUCUGCACCUGCUCCACACACUAGCCACCUGUUCCCAGAGCAUCAUUCCAUGGUCCCCAUCCUCCCGGGAUCCUCCGGCUGCCAGGGCCCCACCACUGUGAAUAUUCUGAACCACUAAUGUGCUGGGUGGGCGGGCCCAUGCUGAGAGCAAGAGGGAAGGAGGGUCCUGUGAGACAGCCCCUCCCCCUCACCAAGGACUCAAGAGGUGGCUCAGUGUGUGGGCCGCCUGUGCCUGCAGGGCUGUCACUCUUGUCCUGUGACCAUGCACCUCGGUCGAACCAGCUUCAGCCUGGCACCGACAGGGCCUUGCUCCAUCGCCCCUGGCCCUUUGGGGGCCAGACCACCCUCAGAAGCCUCCACCUGUGACCCUGCUUAGUGUUCCAGCCGUCCCUUCUUGUGUCCUAGGGGACCCGCAGGCGGGCUCCUCCUGGGAGUCAGACCUCAGACCCAACUCACUCCAGAUUGAGCCUCCCUGCAUCCCCCGACGAAUGUCCUGCUGCCCUGGCAGCCUGCACUUUGCACAUGUUGUCCCCAGCACAACCCCACUCCUAAUCCCUCCAAGCCUCCUGGGCGCUGCCUGCUGUGCAGACGCAGACCCAGGUCUGCAGCCCUCUGGGACUUGGGACUGACUCGGGACUCGGCUGCCUCUGCCCCCCUGCCUCACCCAGCUCAGGCCUCACCGUGCUGGGAGAGCGCCUAGCGUUGCCAUGCCCGCUGCCAGGGCUGGCCCCUGAGCAGCUGGCUCUCCACAGGAAGAAGGCGAAGCCCUCUCCAUGCCCUCAGAUUUGUGCCCCUGCCAAGGCCAAGGCUGGUGAGGCUGGCAUGCUGUGGCUGAACUGGCCUGAAGCUGGCUUCCUGCCAGACAAGCCUCAGCCCUCCUCUGGCGAGAAGCACCCCCACUGCUGUGCAGAGGGGGGGUCCCUAAGAUGUUUUCCAAGCAGGGAGCAUUUUGGCCCUGCUCCCCCCAAAGCCUCUGCUCUCUGCACUUUGGCCCCAGUCUUCGGAACUUGCUUGAAGGAGGGUCUGGCUGCAGCCAGGCCCAAACAAAACCCCCAACCCUUUUAAGUUGCCCCCAUGUUGUAUAAACCCAGCGGGCUGGUGUUUACUUAGCUUUCUAGGUUCUUUCUUUUUGCCUUUUUUUUUUUUUUUUAGUUCACAGUUCAAUAUUUCCUCCUCCUGGGUGAGGAGGAGGCACCUCUGUUCUCUGUCAGCUGUGCCCCAGCAGUGCUGGGGACCCGGGUGGGCUGGGACGCUGGUGUGGGUGCCCUCCCCAAGUCGGGAGAGUUCCCGAUUUUGCCCUGCCCCAGCCGCCAAGAGUGGGCUUCUGGGUUUCAGAAGUCCCUGGUGUUGGGACCAGAGCAUUUGUGGGGCUUUUGUUGUUGUCAUCCUUUUAAUCACCUAAUAACUUUUAGAAAUGAAUGUUGGAAAGUGCCUGUGAGGCAGGACAGCAUGUGGGCUCUGGCUGGACUGGUUCUGGUCAGCUCAGAGCAUCCCUUCCUGCCUGGCAGAAUCCUGGCACUUUAGGGGGAAGCUGGCCGUUCUCUCUCCAGAUGAGGCGACCUCUAGAAGAUGGGGAGCACUGGCUUUGCUUACUGGGACUGUGACCUCACCACCUCCCCAGUGGAAGGUGUGGUUGGAGUGUAACUGGGGCAUAAAUUGAAGUUCUGGGGGUUUAGGCACAAAGCAUUUGACUUUGGCGUUGCUAGGCAGACCCCCCAAACCAGGAGCCCUAGUCCACCAGUCCAAGUCUGGGCUUGACCCAGAAGAUAGCAGCCUGCCACAUCCUCCCACGCCAGGCCCUGGGCCAGGGUAGCCAGGCCGAGAAUCUGGCCGUCACCAGAUGACUGCUGGCAGGAACCAGGGCCUGAAGCGGUGGCCUUGACCCCCUGUGGGAACCCAGUUUUCAACUUGGGAAUUCCCUUGAGCUCAGUGAAUUUCUCCCAGGUGCCCCCACACCUGAACUUCAAAUUCUAUAUAUAGAGAGGAUAUAUUAGAGAUAUUUUUGGAAAGGAAUUGGUCUAUGCAAUGCCAGUUUGGAAUCUCCUUGAAAGACAGUUUUAACGUUUUUACUAGAUUUAAAAUAGAGGUAUACAGUAUUUUUAGAUUUGUUUUUCCUGGUUACCCCAUAACAGAUCACGUGGCAUAAUCUGCCAGGAUGGCAAAUACCCCUGUUUUCCUGUCCACAGGGAGAUGAUGGCGGAGGGUCAUUGUUUUUCUUUUAAUCACUCCCUUUCUAACGGAACGUUGCCAUCACACCCCGUCCCAUGGGCUGUAUUUGUAUCUGUCCCGGCUUCUCCUAAGAAUAACAUUGUAAGGGGAAAUCAGCCUCAUGUCAGUGUCUUGGUGUGGGGAGAAAUUAAAUGUUGCAAUUUUUGUUUA